AUGUCCCAACUCCCUGCUGAAGUGAUUCUACAUAUCAUCGAGUUGCACCCGGUGACCCAGACAUUAACCAGCCUCACGCUACGGCUUCUCCUUAAUCACUGCCUCUAUCUUGACUCCGACAAACGGCUGGACCUUGUUCUUCCACAGCUUCUCACGGACGAUGGAAAUCAAAAAGUAGAUCCGACGGGACUCUUUUUGGCGCCAUUCCCAGACCAACUUUCAUUGCACAUUUGUGGCAAUCUACGGCGUCUCGUUAUUGAUGUCCCUCUACGGUACCUUUAUCCUGAUGAAGACGUACAAGGGUUACGAAAAAUAAUAAGAGCAUCCUUCGUCCGCCUAACGCAGCUGGAAGAGUUCUGUUCUGUGCGAGACGAGAUGUACUGCGAUACUGUAGAGGAUGGUAUUGAGCCACCCGUAUGGUCAUUAUGGCCACGUCUCAAACACCUUGCGCUAUACAACCAAAGCGUGGAAUGGCCUGCGUUUCUAAAGGCUCUCCAACAAUGUCCGAACCUCACUCAUCUGGUCCUCACACGGCCGGAUAGUCUAACAGAGCCUUUAGACUCAGGUCUGGAGGAUCUUAAAUGGUGGUCAUUCUUAAAACGCGUUGUUAUUAUAAACACUGCAAGAGACCACGAGAUAGAGCUGGAACAGCGCGAGCCCGACUGGCCAACGAGCUUUCUGGGAUACUUGCUGCGUCUUCAGCACCCUGACGGGGCUGCAUCCAAUAUCUUGUCCCAGGACACCAAUCCUGUGCUGGAAUAUAUAACUGUGAAUAUUCCCCCUGGCCGAGAAGAGGAUGAUAUCGAUCUCUGUCAGGAAUUCACCCAUCAUCAUGCUGUUCAAGGAACACUGUGGAGCUACCCGGGAUCUCGCUAUUCAAUAAAAUGAAUGAGGAUCCAAAUUGUAUAAUGAAGAAGGGCUCCAUUGUGGAAGUGAAUAAUAAUGGAAUUUAAUACUGAGCCACUGCUCUAUUCCCCGAAAUUCCUCCAAUCUUGAUGCCACGGCCUACAAUAAGAAGACUUCGACAUGAAUUGUUUCAUACAUUCAACGGUUGAAAUACAGUC